CCAUUAGUUGGAAUUAAAUAUACUUUUGGCAACAUUAAACUUUCUUACUUUUAGUGGCAACAACUGUCAUAUGCGGGAAUUUUGUUUAUGAAAUACAAUGAAACUGAUUUAAAUUUUAUUGUAAAUUUUAGUAUUAUUUUUGAUAAAUAUAUUUGCGACUUCAAUGAUGUGGUUUGAAAACCAGGUUCUAUUUCCCCGUGUUCUUCGCAGUCUCUUUUGGACGAUUGUGAUACAAGAAAGUUACUUAUCCUUGAGUUUUCUUUUUCUCAAAAUUAUAGCAUGGAAUCCUAUUUUGGGAUUUUUAGAUUGGUUGCUUUAUUUGAUCCACUGGAAAUCCCUUGUAUAUCGAUGUAUAUUAUGUCUGACAACUGUUGCUUUCGGAGUUUUAAACAGACGCUUUUAUAGUGCGGAGAAACACAUUUGCUCCACAAGGCUUGAAAAGAUAUCCAGAGCUUUAAGUCCUCGCCAUGUUCAACAUUUUAUUAUAACAAUGCUUUUAGGAGGUUUAGCUAGCCACUGUUGCAUUAAACUGUUUCAGGUUUUUGAUCCUGAAAAGCAGUCAUUUCUUUCAUCCUUUCUGAUUUUGGAGAAUGAUUUUGAACAUAUGUUUGUUGUACAACAUGGCUGUUACACUGCAAUCAUGUUUAAUUUGAAGUACUUCAUUUGUUUUCUAUAUAUAGUGAAGUUUCACGUGAAUCAGGAAAGCAAAAUGCUUCAAAUUAAACAACAGGCAUUUGAUCUUUUCAAAGACUCUGUUAUUUGUGUAUUGAAAGGCCUCCACUGGUUUUAUAUUUUAUCUGUAUUUUUAGGAUUAUUAUUUGAAAAUCAGCUAAUUUCAUUCAGAGUAAAAUCAAGUGAAAGUGAAAGUUAUUUCACCCUUUUACAUAGCUUGAUAAAUUUGAAGCUUUUCCUUGUAACAUUUAUAACUGGAGUGGUUAUUUUCUUUAAUUGGAGUCUUUAUCUUAUUAUAUUCAAUAUAUUCAUUGCUGAGCGACAUGUGUUUCCAAUAGAAAUUCCUGUAAAAUCAGAUGAAAAUAAAAGUUUAUCGGCUGCUUUAAGGAAUUCUGAAUCUGAUAUUUUGAAAUAUUUGGCAGUACUAGAUUUAAGAUUGCUGAGUCAACAGGAUGCAGAACGAAGAAAGCAAAUAUUUGCUAUUAGCCAUCCUGGUGGUCAUCCUCAUCAAUGGAAAGCUGUGGCAGAUUUUUGCAUAUCAUCUUUGAAACAAUUUGUAACUAAACUUCAGGAAUAUUCAGUGGUUGCAGCAGCAGCAAAAGAAUCAAAACUAAAUUACAGUAAAGGUGUUUCAUUUCUACUAGAGGAGCAAAGAUCUUUCCUUGAGCCCCCAAAAGAAUUGCCUACAUUUUCAGAAACUGUAAUUGCAUCUCUACGUGGCUGGCCAUCUAUUGCUUAUUUUUUAGAUGAACUGCCAAGUACUAAAAUAAGAAAAUUAUUUGCAUCUUCUCAACCGUUAAUAUGGAUGAUUGAUGCUCUUGGUUAUUUAGUAUCUGCUGCAUACAGUGAAGAUAAAUUUGGAGUAAUUCAGCAGACAUUACCUAUUAUUAUACGUCUCUUGCUGGAUAUUAAAAUGGCGGAAGAAAAAUUACCUAUUGACUUAGUUGGCUUUAGAACCCAUGUGAAAGACCCAUAUGGCCGCUAUGAUCAUAUACAUCAACGUAUUUCUCUGAAGACGUCAGUAAAUGCUGCUUUGUGUAGAAUAGCUGAUACCUUCAAAAAUGAUAUCAAUGGAAUUUAUUUGCCUGAGGAGUAUCUCAGAUAUUUUCAGCGUUAUCUGAACAGGAGGAAUACAUAGCUGUACAAUGUAAAAUUAGUUUAUAAAAAUUGUGAUAAUGUGACUGUAACUAUUUUGUUUUAUUUUACUAGCAAUAAAAAAUUUUCAUGUAAUUUUAA